UCCUACUUGGAAGCAGCCACUUAGAGAUCAGUUAAAAAAGAGGAGGAGGGAGAGAGAGUGGGGGAGGCGAGAAGGUCAGCAUCUUGCCAGCUGAGGUGACUAAGACUGGACUCAGAGCUGUGGGAAAAGCAGGACACGGGAGGUUUUGUUAGCAGGGUUUAACUUUAUCUGACUGCUACUAAAAGUCCUAGUGCAAAAAGGCUGGAAAAAAGGAGACAGAUUCACAGGAGGAGCUGUGUGAAAUAAUCAGAAGCUCCUGUUGUUGCUGUAUUGAGGCAUCAUGACACAACAGGUCAGUGGCUUACUGUUCUUCAAACCCUUCUUUCAGAAGACACCUGUCAGAGUGGACAGCCCUCUGCAACUGAGGCGGCACACACUCCCAGCCAGCGAGUUCAGGAAUCUCACACCACAGGAUGCCAUCAGUGUGUUUGAGAUUGAAAGAGAAGCAUUUAUAUCUGUGUCUGGAGAGUGUCCACUUACCCUGGAUGAAGUUCUUAACUUCCUGGGUCAGUGCCCUGAGCUGUCUCUGGGCUGGUUUGAAGAGGGACAGCUGGUAGCUUUCAUCAUUGGCUCUGGCUGGGACAAGGAGAGGCUUUCACAGGAGGCCAUGACUCAGCAUGUCCCAGACAGCUCCACUGUGCACAUCCAUGUGCUGUCUGUGCACCGCCACUGUCGCCAGCAGGGAAAGGGCUCCAUCAUCUUGUGGCGCUACUUGCAGUACGUGAGCUGCAUGCCGGGCCUCCGUCGAGCUCUGCUGAUCUGUGAGGAUUUCCUCGUGCCCUUCUACCUCAAGGCUGGCUUCAAGGAGAUAGGGCCAUCAGCCAUCACAGUAUCUAACAUGCACUUCCAAGAGAUGGAGUACACUCUAUGUGGACAGGCGUACGCACGGCGGAACAGCGACUGCUAGUCCUUCAAUCCUUACCCUCCACUCUCCACUCCACUUAUUUCUAACAUGGACUCUUGUUAAGCACAAAAUACUGCAGCCAGAGAAAAGAGGACGUGAGUAUAGCCUAAUGCGUCCCCUGAUCCACUGAACAUGGAGUGCAGUCUGUGUUAAGGCCUGAGAGGAACAACAGUGGAUUUAGGUGCUCAAGCAAUAAAAUGAACCUGUUGCUUUUCUCAGUUAUCUAUUUAUCUAGUCUUCU